AUGGCUGACCCAGCCAGUGAUGACAACAAGUAUCUCUUCACAGAGAAUGACUUUCACAACAGUGGGGUGGCACAGGCCGAUUGGUCGGCCAAGAGGAUGGUGUGGAUCCCGUCAGAGAGGGAGGGCUUUGAGGCAGCCAGCAUCAAGGAGGAGAAGGGUGAUGAGGUGCUGGUGGAGCUCUCCAAUGGUCAGAAAAUGAAGGUCAACAAGGACGACAUCCAGAAGAUGAACCCACCCAAGUUUAGCAAGGUGGAGGACAUGGCCGCUCUCACCUGCCUGAAUGAAGCUUCAGUCCUUCACAACCUCAGGGAGCGCUAUUUCUCCAGUCUGAUCUAUACAUACUCAGGUCUGUUCUGUGUGGUGGUGAACCCGUACAAGAUGCUGCCCAUCUACUCUGAGAAGAUCAUUGAGAUGUACAAGGGCAAGAAGCGCCAUGAGGUUCCCCCACACAUCUACUCCAUCACAGACAAUGCUUACAGGAACAUGAUGCAAGACCGUGAGGACCAGUCCAUCCUCUGCACAGGUGAGUCUGGAGCAGGAAAGACAGAGAACACUAAGAAGGUGAUUCAGUACCUUGCUGUCGUGGCCUCCUCUCACAAAGGCAAGAAAGAUGGCAACCCGCAGGGAGGAUCUCUGGCCUUUGGGGAGCUAGAGAAGCAGCUGCUUCAGGCCAACCCCAUCCUCGAGGCUUUCGGCAACGCCAAAACCAUCAAGAAUGACAACUCCUCCCGAUUUGGAAAGUUUAUAAAGCUCAACUUUGAUGUUACAGGCUACCUCGUGGGGGCCAAUAUUGAUACCUACCUGCUGGAGAAGUCUCGAUGUAUUCGCCAAGCCAAGAUUGAAAGAGCCUUCCAUAUCUUCUACUACAUGGUGGCAGGAGCCAAAGACAAGAUGCGUGAGGAACUGCUCCUAGAGGGCUUUGGCAGCUACCGUUUCUUGGUGGCGGGUCAUAUGGAGAUAUCGGGCCAGGAGGAUGAUGAGAUGUUUGAUGAGACACUGGAGGCCAUGGCAAUCAUGGGCUUCACCGAAGAGGAGAGACUAGGGAUGCUGAAGGUGGUGUCUACUGUACUCCAGCUAGGCAACAUCAAGUUUGAGAAGGAGAGGAAUAGUGAACAGGCCACCAUGCCGGACAACACAGCCGCUCAGAAGGUGUGCCACCUGCAGGGCAUCAAUGUGACAGACUUCACCCGUGCCAUUCUCACCCCCCGCAUCAAGGUGGGCAGGGAGGUGGUACAGAAGGCGCAAACCAAGCAGCAGGCUGAUUUUGCAGUGGAGGCCCUGGCCAAGGCCAUGUACGAGCGUCUGUUUCGCUGGAUCUUGGCGAGGGUGAACAAAACCCUGGACAAGAGCAAGAGGCAGUCUUCAUCCUUUUUAGGUAUCCUGGAUAUCGCUGGCUUUGAGAUCUUUGAGGACAACUCAUUCGAGCAGCUGUGCAUCAACUACACCAAUGAGCGUCUGCAGCAGCUCUUUAACCACACCAUGUUCAUCCUGGAGCAGGAGGAGUACAAGCGGGAGGGCAUCGAGUGGAACUUCAUCGAUUUCGGCCUUGACCUGCAGCCGUGCAUCGAACUCAUCGAGAGGCCGAAUAACCCUCCCGGCAUCCUGGCUUUGCUCGAUGAGGAGUGCUGGUUUCCCAAGGCCACCGACAUCUCCUUUGUGGACAAACUUUUAAACACCCACACGGGUCAUGUCAAGUUCUCCAAACCCAAGCAGCACAAAGACAAACUGGUGUUUACUGUGCUGCACUACGCCGGCAAGGUCGACUAUAAUGCGGCCAACUGGCUGACCAAAAACAUGGACCCUCUGAACGACAAUGUGACCACUCUCCUUAACAACUCCUCCAGCACCUUCAUCCAAGACCUGUGGAAGGACGCUGACCGUGUGGUGGGUCUAGAGACGAUAACCAAGAUGUCGGAGAGCUCGGUGCCCAGCUCCACCAAAUCGAAGAAGGGAAUGUUCCGGACGGUGGGACAGCUUUAUAAGGAGUCUCUGGGGAAGCUCAUGACCACCCUGCACAACACCCAGCCCAACUUUGUCCGCUGCAUCAUCCCCAACCAUGAGAAGAGGGCAGGAAAGAUGGAUGCCCACCUGGUCCUGGAGCAGCUGAGGUGUAACGGAGUAUUGGAGGGGAUCCGUAUCUGCAGACAGGGUUUCCCCAACCGCAUCGUCUUCCAGGAGUUCAGACAGAGGUAUGAGAUCCUGGCUGCCAAUGCCAUCCCAAAGGGCUUCAUGGAUGGGAAGCAGGCGUGCAGUCUGAUGGUGAAGCACUUGGACCUGGACCCAAACUUGUACCGUAUCGGUCAGAGUAAGAUGUUCUUCAGGACCGGGGUGCUGGCCCAGCUGGAGGAAGAAAGGGAUCUCAAACUCACCGUGGUCAUCAUUGCUUUCCAGGCGCAGGCCCGCGGCUUCCUGGGGCGCAAAGGGUUCAGCAAAAGGCAGCAGCAGCUGAGUGCCAUGAAGGUGAUCCAGAGAAAUUGUGCCUGUUAUCUUAAACUCAAGAACUGGCAGUGGUGGAGACUCUUCACUAAGGUGAAGCCGCUGCUGCAGGUGACCAGACAGGAAGAGGAAAUGGGUCAGAAGGAGGAAGAGCUUAAGGCAGCAAAGGAUGUGGCAGCCAAGACGCAGUCUGAACUGAAGGAGAUCAGCCAGAAACACACACAGUUGGUGGAGGAGCGGACCCAGCUGGAGUCCAAACUCCAGGCAGAGACGGAGCUGUACGCUGAGGCAGAGGAGAUGAGGGUGCGUCUGGAGGCAAAGAAGCAGGAGUUGGAGGAGGUGCUGCAUGAGAUGGAAGCACGGCUGGAAGAGGAAGAGGAGCGUUCCAGCAAUCUGCAGCAAGAGAGAAAGGAGAUGGAGCAGCAUAUACAGCUAAUGGAGGCUCAUCUGGAAGAGGAGGAGGAUGCACGUCUGAAGCUGCAGCUGGAGAAGGCAGCGGUGGAAGGAAAGAUCAAGAAACUGGAGGAGGAUGUUCUGCAAAUGGAGGACCAGAAUAACAAACUACAGAAGGAACGGAAACUUCUUGAAGAGCGGAUGGCCGACUUGAGCUCUAAUUUAGCUGAGGAGGAGGAAAAGUCCAAGAACUUGACUAAACUCAAGACCAAACAUGAAUCCAUGAUCUCUGAACUAGAGGUGCGUCUGAAGAAGGAAGAGAAGGGCCGCCAGGACAUUGAGAAGGCCAAGAGGAAGAUGGAGGGAGAAAUGGCUGACCUGCAAGAGCAGUAUGCUGACCUGCAGGCCCAGCUGGCCGAGCUGCGAGCUCAGCUGGCCGCCAAGGAGGAUGAACUCCAAGCCACCCAGGCCAGGGUGGAGGAGGAGAGCGGCCAGCGGGCAGCUGCAGUAAAGCGGGUACGGGAACUGGAGGCCCUGCUGGGAGAGCUCCAGGAGGACCUGGAGGCGGAGAGGGCGGCAAGGGGGAAGGUCGAGGCGGCCCGCCGGGACCUCGGAGAGGAGCUCAACGCCCUGCGUACCGAGCUAGAGGACAGUCUGGACAUCACCGCCGCCCAGCAGGAUCUACGUGCAAAGCGUGAACAGGAGGUGACCAUGCUUAAAAAGGCCAUGGAAGAGGAGGGAAGGAGCCAUGAGGCCCAGGUCCAGGACAUGAGACAGAAACACAACCAGGCUGUAGAGGAGUUCACUGAACAGCUGGAGCAGGCUAAGAGGGUGAAGGCCAGUCUGGAGAAGACCAAGCAGGCCCUGGAGAAGGAGUCAGCUGACCUGAGUGCCGACCUGCGUUCCCUUGCCAGCAGCAAGCAGGACUUGGAGCACAAGAAGAAGAAGGUCGAAGGUCAGCUGGCUGACCUGCAGUCGCGCUUCAUCGAGAGCGAGCGGCAGAAGACUGAGCUGGGCGAGCGGGUCUCCAAGAUGACUGUGGAACUGGACAGCGCCACAGGUCUGUUGAACGAGGCUGAGGGGAAGAACAUCAAGCUAAGCAAAGAUGUCUCCAGUCUGACCUCCCAGUUACAUGAUGCACAGGAGCUGUUGUCAGAGGAGACGCGGCAGAAGCUGAACCUGUCAGGCCGACUACGGCAGACAGAGGAGGACAGGAACAGCCUGAUAGAGCAGCUGGAGGAGGAGAGUGAAGCCAAAAGGGCCGUGGAGAGGCAGGUUUCCAGCCUCAACAUGCAGCUAUCUGACUCCAAGAAGAAGAUGGACGAGCUGUCGGCGACGGUGGAACUGCUCGAGGAUGGCAAGAAGCGUCUCCAACGUGACCUGGAUGCAGCCAACAGCGAUUACGAAGAGAAGGCCUCGGCCUACGACAAGCUGGAGAAGAGCAAGAACCGUCUGCAGCAGGAGCUGGAGGACCUUCUCAUGGACCUAGACAGCCAGAGGCAGCUGGUCUCCAACCUGGAGAAGAAGCAGAAGAAGUUUGACCAGAUGUUGGCGGAGGAGCGAGCGGUGUCCAUCAAGUGUGCUGAGGAGCGGGACCACGCGGAGGUCGAGGUGAGGGAGAAGGAGACGCGGGUGCUGGCUCUGAGCAGAGCCCUGGAUGAGAGUCAGGGGAUGCUGGAGGAGACAGAGAAAAACCUGAAGACCCUCCGAGCCGAGAUGGAGGACCUCAUCAGCUCCAAGGACGACGUGGGCAAGAACGUCCAUGACCUGGAGAAGGCCAAGCGUGGCUUGGAGGCCAUGUUGGAGGAGAUGAGGACCCAGAUGGAUGAGUUGGAAGAUGAGCUGCAGGUUGCCGAGGAUGCCAAACUGCGCCUGGAGGUCAACAGUCAGGCCCUCCGAGCCCAGCAUGAGAGAGAGCUGCAGGGCCGUGACGAGAUGGGAGAGGAGAAGAGGAGGCAGCUCUUUAAACAGGUACGUGAACUGGAGAUGGAACUGGAGGAGGAGAGGAAACAACGUGGUCAGGCAUCGGCCUCCAAGAAGAAGCUGGAAGGAGAGCUGAAGGACCUGGAGGACCAGCUGCAGACCAUCAGCAGAGGGCGCGAAGAGGCCCUUAAGCAGCUCCGUAAGAUCCAGGGCCAGGUGAAAGAGCUCCAGAGGGACCUUGAAGAGUCACGAGCGGCCCAGAAGGAGGUGUUCUCCUCAGCCAGAGAGUCUGAGAGGAGGGCCAAAGCCAUGGAGGCUGACAUCCUUCAGCUUCAGGAGGAGCUGUCGGCGGUAGAUCGAGCCCGUAAACAGGCGGAGACGGAGAGAGACGAGUUGUCCGAAGAUUUGGCCAACAACUCCUCUGGAAAAUCUCUUCUGACCGAUGAGAAGCGUCGCCUGGAUGGGCGCAUCAGUCAGCUGGAAGAGGAGCUGGAGGAGGAGCAGGCCAACGUGGAGAGCCUCAACGACAGGCUGAGGAAGAGCCAGCAGUUGGUGGAUCAGCUGGGCAGCGAGCUGACAACAGAGCGCUCCUCCUCGCAGAGCAAGGAGGCAUCCAGACAGCAGCUGGAGCGCCUCAACCGGGAACUGAAAGCCAAGCUGCAGGAUAUUGAGGGCCAGGGCAGGUCCAAGCUCAAGUCCUCCAUUGCCAGCCUGGAGACCAAGCUGAGGGAGGCCGAGGAGCAGCUGGAGAUAGAGAGCAGGGAGCGCCAGAACAGUGCCAAGGGCCUGCGUCAGAGAGAGAAGAAAGUGAAGGAUCUUACCAUUCAAAUUGAGGAUGAGAGGAAGCAGGGACAGCAGUAUAAGGACCAGGCGGAGAAGGCCAACUUGCGGGUGAAGCAGCUGAAGCGGCAGCUGGAGGAGACGGAGGAGGAGGCGCAGCGCAUGGCAGGGGCACGCAGGAAGCUGCAGCGGGAGCUGGAAGAGGCCUCCGAGGCCAACGACGCCCUCAACAGGGAGGUGGCAUCGCUCAGGAGCAAGCUCAGGCGCGGCGGGGAGGUGUCGGCGUUUGGUGGCGGGAGCCCAAGGAGCAGCGGCGGCAGCAUGAGGAGCACGGGGCUGGGGCCUAGUAUCAGCCGGUGGAGCGGGAUCAGGGAGAACUCCCUGGAGUUCCAGGAGGAGCACCCUCACUCUCCUUCUCCUGCCUGCACCCCACCUCCAGAGCUGCAGGGGGAGGUCAAUGGCUGUCCUGAUGAAUAGAGGGCAAACACAUGCAGAUACACACUGAUAGUUCCAGUCCAUGUGUGGGCUAUCUUCCUCUUCUCUUCCUCUCCCUGUCUAUUUAGCUUUGUGAAGUAAGUUAAUUCUUAUCUAUGUUUGUGAUUCAGAAGCAACUCCUGGAUUGAGUUUUUAAUGAUAUCCCUCAUUCAUCAAUACUCAUGUCACCGUAUAUCUGUAAAAGAAGCCCAUGCAAAUGCGGGGAUGAGCA